AUGUUCCACGUCGACAAGACAGCCGUCCGUGGCGUCCACGGCGACGGCGUUGUCUUGCGCGACACUGACACCCGCGACCGCUUCUGGUGGCACUACCCCAACCUGCGCAUGCUCAACAUCUUGCUGCUGGGCUGCAUCGUCUGCGACAUCACCAACGGCUACGAUGGCUCCAUGCUCAACGGCUUGCAAAGCCUCGAGAGCUGGCAGGACGCCAUGGGCCACCCCAAGGGCACUCGUCUCGGCACCAUCACGAGCGGCACCCGCUACGGCCAGCUCGGCGCUCUGGUGAUUGCCGCGCCGCUCAUGCAGCGCUACGGCCGCCGCUGGCCCAUUGUCAUCGGCUCGUCUAUUUUGUUGGUGGGCGUCGCCCUGCAGGCCGCCGCCGUCAACUACCCCAUGUUCGUCGUCGCCCGCGUUCUUAUCGGCUUCGGCAACACCAUCCAGAACACCGCCUGCCCUGUGCUCGCAUCCGAGCUCGCCCACCCCACCCAGCGCACCACCGUCAUUGGCGUGCAGAACUCCACGGGCUCGCUCGGCCAGAUCAUGGCCGCCUGGAUUACCUAUGGCACUGCUUUUCUGGGCAUGUCCUCGUGGUCCUGGCGCCUGCCGUCGCUGCUGCAGGCCCUCUCGUCCACCUUCCAGCUCUGCAUGGCCUUUGUGAUGCCCGAGUCGCCCCGCUGGCUCGUGCACCAGGGCCGCACCCAGGAAGCCUACCAGAUCCUGGCCAAGUACCACGCCGAGGGCGACGAGUCGUCGCGCCUGCUGCAGUACGAAAUGGCCGAGAUCGAGGCCGCCAUCGAGGCCGAGCGCGCCCAGUCCACGUCCGCCUGGUCCGAGUGGAUCCGCACCGCCGCCAACCGCUACCGGCUGUUCAUCGUCGUGACGUCCGGCUUCAUCAUCCAGUGGUGCGGAAACGCGCUGCUCAGUUACUAUAUUCAUCUAGUCUUUAAUUCCAUCGGCAUCACGAACCCCAAGACGCAGCUCGAGCUCAACGGCGGCAUCACCAUCAACGGCUGGGUCUGGGGCAACUUUUUCAGCCUGUUUGUCGACCGCAUCGGCCGCCGCCCCAUGUGGCUCGUGGGCCUCGGCGGCAUGUUUGUUGCGUUCCUGCUCCUGACCGUCUGCACCGGCGUCAACACGGGCAUCAACUACGCCAACGACGCCCUGAGCCGCACGACGCUGUUUGCCACCUUCUUGUUUGGCUUCUUCUACAAGAUGCCCGGCUGCAUGCUCAACUCGUACGUCGCCGAGGUCGCGCCCUUUGAGCUGCGCGCCAAGGCCUUUGUGCUCUCGAGCCUGUGCGACGCCGCCGCCAACAUCUUUAGCAGCUACACGAACCCCGUCGGCCUCGCCGCCAUCGGCUGGCGCUACUACAUUGUCUGGUGCGCCGUGCUCGUCAGCAACUUUGCCAUUGUCUUCUUCUUCUACCCGGAGACCAAGAACCUGAGCCUCGAGGAGGUCGCCCAGCUCUUUGACGGCGCCGCGCUGGCGCCCGGCGACGGCAAGCUGCGCGAAGACGAUGCGCGAGGGGAAGCAGAGGUGGUCGAGGUGGCAGAAGCAGCAGACGUGGCCGAGGUGGGCGCCCCUGCGUCCAAGGAGGCCAAGGAGACUACCCACCCCUGA